UGCGAUAUGGACCUAAUUUUCCAUUACGCCUGUGGCCAGUAGAAUAACCUCAUCAGGGCCAGUGACACAUACUUUUGAUUUCUUGAAGUGCCGUCUGUCAAACUUCAGGAAAAUUCUUGCAUUGAUGCUCAAGUUUCACCUUUUUUACCUACACUUUUGUCCAUUCCUCGUACACAUUUUUCAGAUGGAGGGGAAAAAAACUGCUAGCAUCAUUUUUCCAUUUAUUGUUUUUAAACAUGGUUGGCUGAUAUUUUACCUGACAUCAGCCCACAUCAGGCAGAUGGAAGUUGUUGCCAUUCUCUUGACAUGCAUGGAACAAGCAAAAUCCCAAGAAGCCAAGGAGAGAUAACCUAUUUGUCGAAAUGCUUAUUAAAAUAACAUUCAUUGAAAUCAGUUUGCUUUUUAACUGCUAUAUGACUUCAGCAUGCCCUGACAACAAAUAUGGGGUGGAUUGUUCAAAAGACUGUGGCCACUGCUGGAAUAAUGCUGUGUGUUUGAGGGAAAAUGGCAGCUGCCCCACCGUAGGCAAGCAUCGUUGUCAGCCUGGCUAUUACAAGCAGAGAUGUGUGAAGGAGUGUACACCUGGAAAGUGGGGAGCAGACUGUUCAGCUGACUGCGGUCACUGUGCAGGGGGCGUGGCUUGUUCCAUACAGACAGGGGAGUGUCCAAGAGCAGCCUGUGAAGAAGGCUGGCAAGGCACUUUAUGUGAUGUGGACAAAUCAAAAAUUUGCCCUGAUAAGAUGUUCGGUGAGAACUGUGAACACAAGUGUGGUAUGUGUUAUGGGGGUAAAGAGUGUAACAAAACCACUGGUCACUGCCCCGUUUCUGUACCCCUUUGUCAGCCUGGAGCAACAGGGCCACAGUGCAGAACUAAUUGUAGCAGAGGCUUUUAUGGAGCGGACUGUAAGGAGACCUGUGGAAAGUGUUACAAGGACCUGACAUGUGAGCCUGUGACUGGAAUUUGCCCUAAUCAGGGACGGAACAUGCGCUGUCAACCAGGCUGGGCUGGAAAUAUGUGCAGGACACGUUGCAGCAAGGGGCGGUACGGGGUGGACUGUAAGUCUGUGUGUAGUGCUCACUGUGUGGUGAAGGGAGAAUGUAACCUGCUGACAGGAGCCUGUGUUGUCUCCCCUACACAGGUGCGUUGUGAGCCCGGCUGGACUGGGGAUGACUGUCAAACUGGUUGUUCGCAAGGAAAAUAUGGGGCUGACUGUAGCCUGAAUUGUGGUAAUUGUCACAUGGGCUCCUGUGAUGCCAUCAAUGGAACCUGCUACAAAUCUGACACCAGUCCUCGCUGUCUAGUGGGCUUUCGAGGACUCCAGUGCCAGACACCUUGUAAAAAUGGAACAUAUGGUCCUGACUGCCAGCAUGAGUGUCACUGUAAGGGAGGUAACCCUUGUGAGCAGAGUGGCUCAUGCCCUGUGGAGAAGAAUGGACUGCGUCUGUGUGAGCCUGGAUGGAUUGGGCCCAAGUGUAAUACAGCCUGUUCUGCCAACCGUUAUGGGGAGGGGUGUCGAAGUGAGUGUGGCCACUGUCAUGAUAUGGCUGAGUGUAAUAUCCACACAGGAGCAUGUCCUCAGCUCCUACCUAACACUGCUGUGUGUCAGGAGGGUUGGACAGGGGACAGGUGUGACACAGAGGAGAAAUCAGCAGCUGACAACACAGUGUUACUGGUGUGUGUGUGCAUAGCUUGCACAGUCCUUCUAGCUGCCCUUGCCAUCUUCCUAAUCUUCUAUCUUAGACGGAGAACACUGGCUAAGAGAAGACAAGCCAAUGGAGAUGACCCCCAGCAGCUGUUCAAUCUCCUGGGCCCAGACGAAAGGAAUGGUGUUCCUAAAUCAGAAUUGAAAAGUAACAGAAGACGACUUUUGUUGGGUAAACACUCAGAUGAGGGUGGUAAAGUGACACCACUGAUUACCACAACUAGUGUGCAAAUUAGCAACCUGCUCAACUUCAUCAACAGCCAGGGAUUUAAGAAGGAACAUGAGUUACUGCCAAAAGGCUUAACAGCCAGUACAACAGAGGCCAGUAAGCCAGAAAACAAAGCCAAAAACCGAUUCCAAGGCAUCGUUGCCUAUGAUCAUUCUAGGGUUGUACUCAAUCUUAAAGAUGGUGUGCCUUGUUCGGAUUAUAUCAACGCCUGCUUCGUUCAUGGUUAUAAUGAACAGUUUCGAUAUAUUGCUUCCCAAGGCCCUACCUGUCUGAUGAUGGACGACUUCUGGAGAAUGGUCUGGCAGUUUGACUGUACACGGAUUAUCAUGCUGACCAACCUGGUGGAAGAUGCCCGGAGGAAAUGUGACUUAUACUGGCCCACUAGUGGAAACAAGAAAUUUGGAGAUGUGUCAGUUACACUGCUGGAGACGGAGGCCUAUGCAGAUUUCACCAUUCGCACUUUCAACGUCAGUAAUGAAUUGGAUCUUUCAGUGCCCAGUCGGAUUGUCAAACAGUUUCACUUCACCUCAUGGCCUGACCAUGGAGUACCUCAUUAUCCUACGGCCUUGGUUCACUUCAGAGAAAAGGUUCACACUACAAACACUACUGGCACAGGGCCUUUGGUUGUACACUGCAGCGCUGGUAUAGGCAGAACAGGGACAUUCAUUGGACUGGACUAUCUGAUCGAUCAAGCGAAGGUUGAGGAUAAAGUGGACGUACUACAUUGUGUGCUGAGCAUGAGGAAGCAGCGUGUCAACAUGAUACAGACAGAGGAGCAGUAUGCUUUCUUGUAUGAGGCACUGGCUGAGGCAGUUCUUCUGUCAAACAUGUCCAUGGAGGCAUCAAAGUUUGAGGAAAAGUAUAGAGAAUUACAAAUAGAAGAUUCAGAUUCCGGCAAAACAGGCCUUCUCGAGCAGUUUGAGAUGCUGGCAUCCUUGUCCCCUACAGUGACAGAGAAGGACUGUGUCAGUGCCUGCCUUCCUGAGAAUCUCCAUAGAAACAGAGACCCUAGUGUCCUUGCUGUUGACCACUGGAGGCCCUUCCUAUCCACACAAUGGACAGAUACAACGGAUUACAUUAAUGCUGUGUUUUUACCUGCGUACAGAGAUAACUGUGCAUUCAUUGCCACCCAGAUGCCUUUACCACACACCACUGUGGACAUGUGGCGCCUGGUUCACGGACAGAAGUCACAAUGUCUCCUCAUGCUGAAUGAUCUGGAGGCUCUGGAAGAUGAAAAAUGUGUUUACUGGCCUUACGAUGACACGACAGAGGGGAUGUUUGGACCUUACAAAGUCCAGGUGAUAGAGGUGGAGAAGAAAACCCUGUAUGAUAUACAAACAAUGACAGUCACCUACACACCCAUGCCUGACAAGGUGCCAUUUACUGUGAAGCAGUUUGUGGUCAAGUUUUGGCCUGAGGGUAGAGAUGUGCCAUCAAACCCUGGCGACCUAGUGACGCUGAUAGAAGAGGUGGAUAGGUGGAGGCAGCAGUCUGGCCAGGGACCUGUUAUUGUACACUGCAUGAAUGGGGCAGACAAGUGUGGUCUGUAUUGCGCUGUGUCUGGAAUCCUGGAGAGACUGAAGACUGAUCAAGAAGUUAACAUCCUCCAGACUGUGAAACAGAUGAGAAUCAACAGGCCACAAGUCAUAAAAAACCUGGCCCAGUAUCAGGCAUGUUUUGAUUCAGUGGUUGCUUUCCUGGAGAGUUUCCAGACCUACUCAAAUUUCAAGUAAAACUUGAAUCGUUUCAUCAAAGACACCGACUGACGAAUAUUCCUGUUGAAGUUCACCAAAUACUGUUUGAACUGACUGACUUCUUUAUCUUCCCAGUCAACAUUUUAUAUAUGAACACAUGUUCUGGGGGAAAACGUGGGAUCAAAUCUCAUCAGUGUACAUGGGCAGUAUUUGUUUUUAAAUGUACGUAUAUGUACUGUAUAAUCAAUUUCAGAACAACUUGUCUUGGAGCAGAGCUUUUUGGAAAAGCUUUUCUCAUAUUUUCUCAUAUUUGGAAUCGUCUCAUUGUAGGUACAUGUACAUAAACAGUUUAUGUACCCAUGUACACCAUAUGCAUUAGCUAAGGCUUGAUCUUUCAUGUUAAAUUUGCAUGCAGCUUUUGGCAGCACAGUGCAUCAAUCAAUCCCUUGGUGGAGAUUGCUUUCAGAUAGCCCAGCAAUCAUCACAAGCCCCAGUAGAUUGAAGGAUUUGUGAUAUGAGAGUGGUUGGCGAAAUUACAUUCCAUUUUUGCAAUACCUAUCAUUAAUCUAGUUUAUUUGUCUGUGUGUGUGAUUUGAAAGUAUUGGAAUGUUUGGAUGAUUUUCUUCUGCAGGAAUUUUUUUCUGUUCUAUAUGUAUAUAUCAUUGUGGCAGAGACGGUAGAAAAUGCCAAACGGUAGGAACUGUACAAAAUGUGGCUUUAUCUACACUAAAUAAACACCUAAUGUCACAAUUUUUUUCACAUGUUAGCGAUUUAAGGGAGCAUUGUACACAUAAUUAUUGGAAAGUACACUUACAAGGGAGGCACAUUUAAAAUGUAGUUUGUUCAAUCAAAAGGGAUUUCCCCAAAGGUCGUUGAUUUCUGAUGACAGUUUUCGUUGCUCUUUCAGCCUCAUCCAGUGAGUGAUUCACUUUUACAUGAUGGCUUCAUCACUUUGAUUAUUUUUCAUAGAAAGUGUUGAUUGCUGAACUUUGACAUUGGUACAUUCCCAUCCUGUAAUGUUGAUUUCAUCUAGUCCAUCAAGUGACCAUGGUCAUUCAUCUUUAGUUCCCCACAUUUGUAUCUCUGGAUUGACUGAUACCUGAUUGGACUACAUUUCAGUGGAGUUCAUCUGUAUAAAUAUGUAUUUUAUUCUAGUCAAAUUGUGUACUAUCAAAUUCAGCUAAUUCUGAUAGUACAAAUUUUGCAGAUACAGAUGUAUACAUAUAUUUAGCAUCUUGAUUAACAAUUUUUGUGAUACCACAUAAAAGAAAUAAAUUUAAUGUUACAUUCAUACCAGAGUAUGUCUACACACACCUAGAAGUCACUGAUACCCUCAUUCUUCAACCUCCUCUCAUUAUGAAAGAAUAAUUUCCAGUGCAAGGUACGCAUUUUUUGACUUGAUUUUGGAGAGGAUUGACAAAUUUCAUGGCUUCACAAAAAGUAUAAUUUUAUGAGUCAAAACAGAAUAAUGCCUUCACAAUAUGCUUCAAUAAAACACCUUUCAAACGUGAAAAGUUUGAAGAAUUACAGUAUAAUUACAAAUUUGAUUAAUAUUUGCUUCUCCGGAUUCUGAUAUUGAUUGACUAGCACAGAUCAGCGGC